UAAUAUGCAUAAUAAUUAAUUCCAACGUAAAUUGUUCAGUACAAGCCGUGCCCCCGAACGAAAACGUAUCAGCGAUACUGUUUACAAAACAUCGUAAUAGUGAAUUUGAACUAAAGUUUGUGCUGUGAAAUGGGGGAUUUCAGAGUGACAGGGGCGGCGAGGAUAUACCUUGUACUUUUCUGUACAAUCGUACAAGCUGUGUGUGUGAGCACCGGAUUGGGGAAAUGUCCCAUUUACCCACAGUUCCCCAAUUUCGAUAUGACCAGAAUGUCAGGAAAAUGGUACGAAGUGGAGCGGUCAUUUCACCUGAUAGAGAUCGCAGCGAGCUGUACGGAGAUAGAUGUCACCAUCAACGAGCGAGGGUACUUCGUCAUCAACGUACACACGAUCAACAGAUUAACGGGUAACCACGGAGUAUCCUACGGACUGGGCAUACCCAGCCACGCGGGCUCGUCCGCCUUCCGCUACAAGCUGAACAACCGCAUGCCGUACGUCAUUGGGCGCAUGCUGCCGGGAGCCGGCCAUUAUAAUAUCCUCUUCACGGAUUACGAUCAAUUCGCGCUUAUUUGGUCCUGCACUAAUUACAACGUUGUGCACUCAGAUCGUAUAUGGCUGUUGGGCCGAGAGCGUGACAUUGACGCAAUUUUGCGCGCGCAAAUCUAUGCCAUCAUGCAAGAACUAAAUUUGGACUCCGACCGACUCAUUAUUUCUAAGAAUAAUAACUGCACCGCUGUACCUUAUAAUAACGAUAUACAAUAAAGAUAUAUCAAAAAGAA